GUGGGAUGUCAGCUACUGUCUGCCUGGUAGCUCCGCCUCGGGGCCAGACGCUGGAGGUUAGAGCGGAGCAAUGUUGUGUCUGAUGGCCCUGCUGCUGCUGCUCUCCCCGCUGGUCUCCCCGCUGGUCUCCCCGCUGGCCUCCCCCCCCCAGGACUCAGGACGGGUCUGGGAGCUGGAAUGUGAGAACGACUACCUUUACACCAUCAACUGUUCCCUGAGGGCCCCCCCCCCAGGCCUGCGGCCCCCCAACGGAUCCUCCUGGCUCAACUUCAUAAGCUACGACGAGUCAGAAAUGAGGCCGGGCCGCUGCCCGCUGACGCACAAGGAGAACCGCUCCUCCUGCCUCUGCCAGAACUGCACCGAAGAGACCUUUGGGGAAACCCCUCUCAAGAUCUACCUCUGCCACGAGCCCUGUCCCACAGCGGCGUGUUGUGAGGUGCUGGAGGAGAACUACUACCCCCAGAUGAACAUCACUCCCAUCGCCCCCAGCCAGCCGGCCGUGGUCACCAAAUCCAGCCGGUUCAUCUUCAGCUGGAGCAGCAGCUACGAGGGGUAUCUGCCCAACUUCUUCCUCCAGGACUAUCUCCAGUACCAGCUCCGUCUGCAGCGGGAGGACCAGCACCAGGCCCCUGUGACCCUCUCUGGGAUGGGGAGGAGCUUGGCGGUGGACGUGGAGAGUCUGGCUGCGGGGGGGCAGUAUACGGCCCGUGUGCGCAGCAGUCCUGCAGAAGGUACCGACUACCGCGGCAAAUGGAGCCCCUGGUCCCAGGAGAGCCGCUGGUGGACUCCUGGGGGGCCCCCUCGUGGCCCCCCCCAUCGUGGACGGGUCUGGGAGCUGGAAUGUGAGAACGACUACCUUUACACCAUCAACUGUUCCCUGAGGGCCCCCCCCCCAGGCCUGCGGCCCCCCAACGGAUCCUCCUGGCUCAACUUCAUAAGCUACGACGAGUCAGAAAUGAGGCCGGGCCGCUGCCCGCUGACGCACAAGGAGAACCGCUCCUCCUGCCUCUGCCAGAACUGCACCGAACAGACCUUUGGGGAAACCCCUCUCAAGAUCUACCUCUGCCACGAGCCCUGUCCCACAGCGGCGUGUUGUGAGGUGCUGGAGGAGAACUACUACCCCCAGAUAAACAUCACUCCCAUCGCCCCCAGCCAGCCGGCCGUGGUCACCAAAUCCAGCCGGUUCAUCUUCAGCUGGAGCAGCAGCUACGAGGAGUAUCUGCCCAACUUCUUCCUCCAGGACUAUCUCCAGUACCAGCUCCGUCUGCAGCGGGAGGACCAGCACCAGGCCCCUGUGACCCUCUCUGGGAUGGGGAGGAGCUUGGCGGUGGACGUGGAGAGUCUGGCUGAGGGGGGGCAGUAUACGGCCCGUGUGCGCAGCAGUCCUGCAGAAGGUACCGACUACCGCGGCAAAUGGAGCCCCUGGUCCCAGGAGAGCCGCUGGAGGACUCCUGGGGGGCCCCCUCGUGGCCCCCCCCAUCGUGGCGGGGGUCGGGACGUGGGGCUGGUCAUCGCCGUGUGUCUGCUGACUCCCGUCCUGCUGCUGGCCUCCGUUACUCUGCUGAGGAUGAGGAAACGCACCUUCAUACCCACACCUGUGCUGCGCUUCUCCCCCCUCAGCGAACACCGCCAGAGCUUGGCAGUGCCCCUCCCCCCCGACACGGCGCCGAUGGAGACCGAGUGCGCCGCCCUGAUCUCCGUCCUCCGCGCGCCCGUCGACGUCCUGGUGGACGCUCGGGCGGGGGCCCCGGGGCCCGACGGGAAGGGGGCCCUUGAGAGCGGCCCCGAGGAGGACUCAGGCUGCUGUCACUGCAGCCCCCGCUCCGAGGACGGGGGGGGCUACAGGAACGCCUACUGCACCCUGAGCGACCCCCCUGAACCCCCAGACACCCAGGGGGACGGGGAGCGGGGCGGGGGGGGCUACAGGAACCCCUACUGCACCCUGAGCGACCCCCCUGAACCCCCAGACACCCAGGGGGACGGGGAGCGGGGCGGGGGGGGCUACAGGAACCCCUACUGCACCCUGAGCGACCCCCCUGAACCCCCAGACACCCAGGGGGACGGGGGGGGCUACAGGAACCCCUACUGCACCCUGAGCGACCCCCAGGACCCCCCAAGGCUCCAGGUUGGAAUACAGCGACCCAGAAGGCUCCUUCAGGAGAACCACGAGAACCGGGUCUCCUCCUCCCACUAGAGGGUCCUCCUCCUCCUCCUCCCACUAAGGGUCCUCCUCCUCCUCCUCCUCCCACUAGAGGCUCCUCCUCCUCCUCCUCCUCCCACUAAGGGUCCUCCUCCUCCU